AGUGGUGCUUCCGGGCAGCGCUUCCGGUUGCGCCUGCUCUAUAGGUGCCUCUGCCAACCUCCCCGCAACCGGUGUCUCGGCUCUGUCCUGCGCCUCUGUCCCUCCGUCCCUCGCCAUGUACGCCUGUGCAAAGUUCGUCUCCGCUCCUGUACUAGUGAGGAGGAGCUCGCGAGUGCUAUGCCAGCCACUUGCUUCCUCAGUGCUGAGCAGCCCUGAGGCCCGGACGGAGCAGGCGCAGCUGAGCGCCCAUCGGCCCAUCCAGACGAGCGCAGCCCACCGGGAUAUCGACACCGCAGCCAAGUUCAUUGGCGCAGGCGCUGCCACUGUGGGGGUGGCCGGCUCCGGCGCCGGCAUCGGCACUGUCUUCGGCAGCCUCAUCAUCGGCUAUGCCAGGAACCCGUCUCUUAAGCAGCAGCUCUUCUCCUAUGCCAUCUUGGGCUUUGCCCUCUCCGAGGCCAUGGGGCUCUUCUGCCUCAUGGUGGCCUUCCUCAUCCUCUUCGCCAUGUGAAUGAGCCGGUGACGGAGACGGAGACAGCCCCCAACUGCGCCCGGUGUCCACCCCCCCUUAAACCGUGAAUGCCAGCAGCAGGGCAGGGGAAUAAAGACGGUUUGAU